UCGAUCUCUUUUCUACUUAUGCUUAUUCGAUUUUUCCCCAACAACCCUGAAAAUUAUCUAGUGACAAUGACACUUCUACUAGUUUUGAUUCUACAAAUUGCAACUGCAAGUGUAGAAAGAACAUUUUCAGUUUCGACUUAUAUUAAGAACAAGUUUUCAAGUCAAAUUGGCGAUGAUUUUGCUAAUGAUUACUUAUUUUUGAUGGUUAAUCAAAAUUUUCAUUAAGCACUAGGGUUUCAACUGCAAAAACCCCUUCUCAAAGUAAACAACAAGUACCUAUCAAGCUCUUUACAUCAACUCAGAUAUAAUCCUAUCUAUACAGUAUAUCACCCUGUUCAGGGAGGUCUGGCCGCAAGAAUCCACUUCACCUUGUCCUCUAUUCUACCUGCUAUCUUGCUUGGGGAACAAAUCACUGCAUCAUGAGCUCGACUACAACGUUCUCGCCAUAUAUAACUAACACACAUGGGUAAUACCCGCCCCGUACAUCAAGUAUUAGUAUGCCUAAAACUUUACAUGAAAAUUUUCAAUUAUAACACUAAACGAACGUACUAUGAUCCUAAAAUAUCCAUUAAUCUAUAAUAUAGAUUCACUAUUUUCCAAAUCAUUAUGUUAUAACUUAUAACUCUAAUGCAUUUACUAAGUAAUAAUUAACUAACAUAAUUAAUCUUGUCGACAUGAGGUUGAAAGUGAAGGAGUGAAGGGAUAAUUGAGGGAAAAAAAUUUAGACCAUCCACAAUGGUUGGGUGAGAAGGGUGGGAAAAAUGAGUUUUUUGGGUUUGGGGGUUGGAAAACCCGCAAUGAGUUGGGAAGGAAAAGUGGGAGGAGUGUUUUCACUUUUUUUUUUCUCAUUUCCCCGUUCCACUGUGAGUCUUCCCCUUCUUUUCCCCUCUUUUCCCCACCCCACUAUGGAUGGUCUUAGCUUUUUUUUUUUUUUUUUAUUAUGGUGGCCACUUAAUUGUAUUUUUUCUAUUUAUUUUCUCAAGUUACACUCACUAUCAUUGGUAGGUUACAAUUUGAUCCACAUAUUUUUUAUAUGCGAAGAAAUGCUCUUGGUGGGGCGGGUAUGUGUAUGGGGCAAGGAGGCUAAAAUCAUACCCACCUCAUACCCAUCAAACUUUUUGAGGAUUUUACCUAUACCCACCACAUACCCGGUCAAUAUGGGGAUUCCCCGCAUUGAUUGGGUCGAGGGUAGCUGGAUACCCGCGGUCAUGAGUUUGAUUGCCAUGAUUUGAUUCUCCUAUAUAAGACACCAAAUAUGUGUUUAUCGUAUCCUCAAAAGACAUCCGAUUUUACUUGAAUAUUAAAAAUAUUUUGUUUUGUAAUUUUAACAGAAUCCGUUGUAGUCUAGUUGGUUAGGAUACUCGGCUCUCACCCGAGCGACCCGGGUUCAAGUCCCGGCAACGGAAAACUAUUUUUUAUAUACUUUUUGCAUUUUGUUCUCUGUCGCCUGUCGGGCCUCUAGGGUUUAUCUGUCUGCGUCAUUCAUGAACAAAAAAAUGUUAGCUUUCAACUCGGCAUCUCUCGCUUCAGCUAGGGUUUAACGGACUGUGGACGGCUAAUCCGUUCUUCUCCAAAGAAAACCUUCAUCUAUCUCUCCUGAAUUUGUUCGUGUCACCGGAGCUCCUAGCUCCUCCGUUUAGUCCUUCCCCCCCAAGUUCUUCAGAAGUCUUGUCAAUCAUGGGGAGGAAGAAGAAAUUCAUCGACAAGAAGAAAUCGGCGACGUUCCAGCUAAUGGCGCGGGACUCCUCCGACCCUUUCUUCGAUGGGACGCCAGGGAGCGAGCAAGUCUUCGUCCGCGUCGACGAGAAUCAAUACUCAGUUGACGAGGAAGGCGGCGAGCAGCGUCAUGACGUGGAAUCGGAUUCUAUCUUUGCCGACGCACCAGAGGAUGUGGACGACUUUGUGGAGGGCACCGGCGAUGGGGUUCUUGGGAUCCCCAUGAGAUCCGCCGCCGAAUUUCACAGUGGAUCUUCUUCGUUGCCGGACCAAGUGAGGAGGGAGAUUAUCGAGCUCGGCUUCCCUGAUGACGGCUACAAUUACCUGCUUCACAUGCGCGAGAUUAAGAACACCGGCGGCGGCUCCAGGUAUUACGAGAACCCGAAGGCGCUCGACCAGAUUCCUGGCGAUGUCAAGGCCUAUGAUGCUUCGAGAGUUCCGGUGUCUGAAGUGAGAGAUGAAGAUAAUAAGGAAGAUAUGUCUAUUUACAGCAUAGCAGCAAAGACUGUCGGUGUUAGGAUUCAGAAAGUGGUUGAUCCUGAAGUGGCUGCAUUGCUUGACGACACCGAUCUGUCUCGAUUCGGGUCUGAUGUGGAAGAUUUGGAGGAGGAUUUUGUCAUUCGUGCCAAUCUUGCCGAGGAAGGGGAGGACGAUGAUCAUUUGAAUGAUAUUAUUGGUGGAGCAGUGACUGUGAGUCAUAAGUCAGGGGAGGUAAUUGAUGAGUUGAGGGAUGCUUGUUUUCCUUCUAUUCAUCAGGAUGAGAAUGUGGAACAAAGGGGUGGCGGUGAUUUGAUUGUUGAAGCAAGGCCCAGGCGCCUUCUUGAUGAGCAAUUUGACCAGCUUGAAAUGGAAGAGUAUGCCACAGAUGAGGAGGAGGAGGAGGAUGAUUUCUGUCGUUAUCGAGAAAAUGAAGAUGAGUGUUUAGCAGAGAAGUUGAAAGCAGUUCUUAAUACCUCAACAAUGGAUGCAAUGGAACUCGAGGGGAAAUACAGAGCACCUGCAGAUAUAUUACAUAGUAACGAGGGUCCGGAAAGUGAAGAAUUGUUGAAUACUGCAGCUGCUGUCCUUCGCCGUACUGUAGAGUACGCCGAGAAGUAUGCAAACGAGGAUGACGGUGGAGAAGUUGUUCUAGCAGAGGAAAGUAGUGACGAGUCAGAGGUCUGGGAUUGUGAGACUAUUGUCACUACAUACUCAAACCUUGAUAACCACCCUUCUAAAAUUCAAGCUCCAGGAGCUUCGAGAAAGAAGAAGAUAGCUGAAACUUUUUCCAAGGCUUUGAAUACUCCUGGUCCUGUGAUAUCUCUUCAUGGGAAAGAGAAGAUUCCUGUAGGUGUUUUGCCUGGCAGUAGAAAGGCUUCGGCAGCAGAAACAUCAAUGGAUGAACCUAGCUCGAGAACUGAACCUCUGAAAAGGAAGCAACACGGGCAAGAGUCUAAAGAGGAGAAAAAAGAGAGAAAGGCUGCUGUGAAGGAGGAAAGGAGAGAAGCUAGGCGUCUGAAAAAGGAAACAAAGGAUGUCUAUAGAGGUGAAGCUCAGCGUGCACAGAGAGUUGCUGCUGUAGCUGGUCCUUCUGCCAUCAGUCUUAGGUAAAGUUGAAGCAAGAUCAGUGCUCAGCAAACAUACAUUACAUUGCAAAAAGACCGUCAAAGUGGAGCUAUCUGCACUUAAAAGUUUUGAUGGGGACUGUUCGCUUGGUUCUUCAUGAUGCCUACGCAGAGUGCCUGGAUAUUUUGUUGUUGUACAUCACCAUUUUCCCGUAGGUAUUUCGUGCAACUAUGAUUUAGUUGUUUGCAUGUUGGCAUAUAAGCUUGAACACAAUAUGUAAGCUUUCUGAGAAUUCUCUUCUGCUGAAAGCGUGAACAAGUUAAUCUUAUGUUUAUGCAUGUUUAAGAGAGGCAUUAAACCUUCUCUCUGUACUUAUUCAUUACCACCCAGAAACCGUUGGCAUUGACCUCAUCAAUACUCACUUUGCAUAAUGGUGUGGGACAGAAGAAACAGACCUGGUAGGCAAGGAAACCCAAAAAAGGCUUCUGUAAAACAAAAACAGACAGCUAGGAAGUGAGACCACAUCUUUCAUACUUGUUCAUGAUCAUAGAUUCAUACUCGCCGGCCAUGGGGUACUGGAGCAUGGCUGCAUCCUUUGUUGACAGGUGCAGGAUCAUAGACCCCGUAAUCAUCUUCACACACCCGUUGAUCUUCAACUGGGCGGACAGGUGGUGGAACUGGUAACGGUAUAUCUGCUGGUGCUAAGAAUAACGAUCUUGUUGUUGCUGCGGCUGCUGAUGAUGCAGGCGACGCGGUUAGCAGGAGGGCCACCAGGGCCAUUGCAACUACUUUGAUCAUGAGUGAGAAAUGAUAAACUGACUUCUCACUUGAACUCAUCAUGAUGCUUUAUGUUGCUGAUUUUUCAUUGCUGUGUCUGCAUCUUGAGGUUUGCUCAUAUUUAUUUGGGAAGAGAUGUAGGGGAUGGAGAUUGGGAUGGUAGUUGCAGUAUGUAUUACACCAUAAUCAGUUGCAUGAUGCAUCUAUCUGCAUGGUUUUUUUGCGUGCACUUCCACGGAAGCAGGAGUUAGCUCAGAAGUAGUAGUAGUUACCUAAGAGGAGCCUGUUUUGUUGGUUUCAUCUAGUGGUGUGUAUGGUCUGAUCCGGAAUCGAAUUGAAUUUUGAAUUGAAAUUAGGAAUGAACAGGAUUGGUAUCUGGUUUGAUGAUUUGGCUUGUGGUGGUCGAUCAACUUGGGUAUGUGGCUUGAUGAAAAAUGGUGCGACAUGCGUGGUUUUAAAUAGGGUUGGGAAACGGUGCACUUUCGUUUAGUCCGGACAUAUAUAUGGUCUACGAUCUAGAACAAUGAGAUGAAGUAUAGAUUAGAGAGUAGUAAAAGAAAAAAAAAACUAUAUGAUUUAGAGCAGAUCACGUCGGUAUGAUAUGAUACUAUUCACACUUGAUAGGUCGUGUUUAUUAAAAAAUGAACAAUUUGUUUGGUUCACUAGAAAAAAAGUUGAAUCAAUAAUUGGGAAAAAAUUUCCUAGAAAUUCCUACAAUAAUUUUAAUACUCUAAAUCUAAGCAAAUAAUGACACUAGGUUAGAGCAACCUAACGUCAUAUACAUUAACAUAAAAUUGAAUGAAUAUGUGAUUGUCUUUGCUCUCUGGUGGAGUGUCUAGUGUGGAGGGUUUAACAUCACUUACGCUAAACGGAGGGCAUUUUGAUAGUAUCUCAACAUGUCAAUGGAGAUUUAACAACAAAUUAACAAAAAGGGUGAACAUGUGAUUGUCUUUGUUCUCUGGUGGAGUGUCUAGUGUGGAGGGUUCAAAUCACUUACGCUAAACGAAGGGCAUUUUGAUAGUAUCUCGACAUGUCAAUGGAGAUUUAACAACAAAUUAACAAAAAGUGUGAUUAGGA